AUGGUGUCUGACCCCAUUCGGGUAGUGGCUGGAGUUAGGCAAGGAUAUAUUCUAUCACCGCUACUGUUCCUCAUCGUAAUCGACGAGAUCCUGGUAGGAGCGAUUGACCGUGAACCAAAUCGUGGGUUGCUGUGGCAACCUAUUACUAUGGAGCAUCAGAAUGACUUCGAAUUGUCUGAUGACGUUGCUCUCCUAGCACAACGGCGCUCUGACAUGCCGAGUAUGCAGAGUAAGCUUGAUGAUCUUGCCGAUCGCUCCUCAGCGGCAGGUCUCCAAAUCAACGUCAACAAGACCAAAUCGUUGGAUAUAAACACGGUCAACCCUUCCAGCUUUACGGUAGCUGGACAAGCAGUGGAGAAUGUCGAAAGCUACCAAUUUCUUGGUAGCCAAAUGGCGUGUGAUGGAGGCACCAAGAUCGACAUAGGAGCACGGAUCAAAAAGGCGAGGGCUGCUUUUGCGAAUUUAAGAAAUAUCUGGAAAAAUAAUCAGAUUAGUCGACGCACCAAAACCCGAAUAUUCAACUCGAACGUGAAAUCUGUACUACUGUAUGCCGGUGAAACCUGGUGCGUAUCAGUGGAGAACAGUAGAUGCCUGCGGUACAUAAUUCGUGCAUGGUGGCCUCACAACUGGAUCUCUAAUGCUGAGCUCCAUCGUCGAUGUCAUCAGAAGCCGAUAGCGACAGAAAUUCGGGAACGAAAGGGAACGUGGGUCGGCCACGCUCUGCACGGGAGCGGAGACGAAAUUUGCAAGCAAGCGUUAGAACGUUGGAACCCAGGACAUCGCAGCAGAGGCAGACCCAGAGGCUCAUAG